GCCGGAAGGAAGCCAGUUGUGGGGGAAGGGCUGUUUGGGUCCGGUCGGGCUGGGGUAGGCGGCGGCCAUGGGGGUCCCCAAGUUCUACCGGUGGGUCUCGGAGCGGUAUCCCUGCCUCAGCCAGGUGCUGAAGGAGCAUCAGAUUCCAGAAUUUGACAACUUGUAUCUGGAUAUGAAUGGUAUCAUCCAUCAGUGUUCACACCCUAAUGAUGACGAUGUUCACUUCAGAAUCUCAGAUGAUAAGAUCUUUGCUGAUAUUUUUCACUACUUGGAAGUAUUAUUUCGCAUUAUUAAACCAAGAAAGGUUUUCUUCAUGGCAGUUGAUGGAGUGGCUCCAAGAGCAAAAAUGAACCAGCAGCGUGGGAGACGUUUUAGGUCAGCAAAAGAAGCAGAGGACAAAAUAAAGAAGGCUUUAGAAAAAGGAGACGUUCUCCCUACAGAAGCCAGGUUUGACUCCAAUUGUAUUACACCAGGGACUGAUUUCAUGGCCAGGUUGCACGAACAUCUGAAGUAUUUUGUAAAUAUGAAGAUUUCCACAGACAAAUCCUGGCAUGGCGUAACUGUCUACUUAUCAGGCCACGAGACACCAGGUGAAGGAGAGCAUAAAAUUAUGGAAUUUAUCCGAUCAGAGAAAACAAAGCCUGAUUACGAUCCAAACACAAGACAUUGUCUAUAUGGUUUAGAUGCUGACUUGAUUAUGCUUGGAUUAACAAGUCAUGAGUCACAUUUCUCACUUUUAAGAGAAGAAGUCAGGUUUGGCGGCAAAAAAUCCCAGAGAGCAUGUGCCCCAGAAGAAACCACAUUUCACUUACUGCACUUGUCAUUAAUGAGAGAAUAUAUUGACUAUGAAUUUUCACCAGUAAAAGACAAGAUUUCCUUUCAAUAUGACAUUGAAAGGAUAAUAGAUGAUUGGAUCUUAAUGGGGUUUCUUGUAGGCAAUGACUUUAUUCCUCAUCUACCUCAUUUACAUAUUAAUCAUGAUGCGCUGCCACUACUUUAUAAAACAUAUAUGGCUAUCCUGCCAGAACUUGGAGGCUACAUUAAUGAAAGUGGGCAUCUGAACUUACAACGCUUUGAGAAAUAUCUUACAAAACUGUCAGAUUUUGAUCGUGAACAUUUCAGCGAAGUCUUUGUAGACCUAAAAUGGUUUGAAAGCAAAGUAGGCAAUAAAUACCUCAAUGAGGCAGCUGGUAUCGCAGCAGAAGAAGCAAGAAGCCAUAAGCAAAAGAAACAGAAGGUUCAGGAAAACUCCAUGUGUUUGGCUGCUCUAGAGAAAACUGAGGAUGGAAUUAUGACUUCUUCUAAAAAUGCAUUGGAAGAUGAACAAGAAGAUGAAGACCUGUUUGAGACUGAGUUCAGGCAAUACAAGAGAACGUAUUAUAUGACUAAGAUGGGUGUGGAAGUAGUUUCAGAUGACUUCCUGGCUGAUCAGGCUGAAUGUUAUGUCCAGGCAAUACAGUGGAUUUUGCACUAUUACUACCAUGGGGUUCAGUCAUGGAGCUGGUAUUAUCCUUAUCAUUAUGCACCUUACCUAUCAGACAUUCGCAAUAUCAGUAAACUCAAAAUCCAGUUUGAGUUAGGAAAACCUUUCAUGCCAUUUGAACAGCUUCUAGCAGUACUUCCAGCAGCUAGCAAAGAUCUGCUACCUAAAUGCUACGAGCAUUUGAUGACUAGUGAAGAUUCUCCAAUCAUAGAAUACUAUCCUCCAGACUUUAAAACAGACUUAAAUGGAAAACAGCAAGAAUGGGAAGCAGUAGUAUUAAUCCCAUUUAUUGAUGAGAAACGAUUGCUGCAAGCCAUGGAAUCUUGCAACAAGUGCCUAUUGGAAGAUGAGAAGCGAAGGAAUACUCACAGUGAGUGCCUAAUGUACUGGUAUGACAAAGACACAGAGUUCAAAUACCUGUCACCCUGGCCAGAGAAGUUCCCUGCUAUACAAAGAUGCCACACCAGGUAUAAAACAAUAUCUUUGGAUGCCUGGCAUGUAGAAAUAAUCCACAAUAAGAUAACUAAAGUUAACACGAGCGCAUUGUAUUUUUGUGGGUUUCCUACUCUAAAACAUAUUGCACAUAAGUUCUAUCUUAAAAAAAGUGGGGUACAAGUAUUCCAGCAGAGCAGCCAUGGUGAGAAUAUGCUGUUAGAAAUCAUAUGUGACAAGGAUUCAAAAGAGCCGUCUGUAGAAAAUGUAGCCAGUUUGGUGCUUGGGAAGUCUGUUUUUGUUAACUGGCCACACCUUGAAGAAGCCAGAGUUAUUUCUGUGUCAGAUGGAGAAACUAAGUUUUACUUGGAAGAGCCACAUGGAACACAGAAGCUUUACCUGGGAAACACUGUGCCACCAACUAAAGUGGCAUAUGUUGGAGAGAAAGAACAGAACAUCUGGUUGAAAGAAGUUCAGGGGAUUUCAGAACACUACCAGAGGAGAAAAGGAAUAAUUAUAAAUGAAACCUCAGUAGUUGUAUAUGCCCAGUUACUCACUGGUCGUAGAUAUCAGCUAAAUCCAAAUGGUGAAGUUUAUUUGGAGAAGCAGUGGUCAAAACAAGUUCUUCCUUUUGUUUACCAAACUAUUGUCAAGGAUAUCAGUGCUUUUGACUCUCGUUUCUCCAACAUCAAAACCUUGGAUGAUCUGUUUCCUCCUGGAAGCACAGUCUUUAUGCUGGGGACUCCUUACUAUGGCUGCACAGGAGAAGUGCAGGAUUCAUGUGAUGUUAUCACAGAAGGUAGAAUUCGUGUAGUUUUCAAUAUCCCGUGUGAACCCCAGCUUGAUUCCUUAAUACAGAACCAGCAUAAAUAUUCUGUGAAGUACAAUCCUGGAUAUGUUUUAGCCAGUCGUCUUGGAGUGAGUGGAUAUCUUGUCUCCAGGUUUACAGGAAGCAUAUUUAUUGGAAGAGGAUCCAGGAGAAAUCCACAUGGAGACCACAAGGCAAAUGUGGGCUUGAAUCUGAAGUUUAAUAAGAAGAAUGAAGAGGUCCCUGGCUAUACUAAGAAGGUUAGAAAUGAAUGGAUGUAUUCUUCUGCAGUGGAGCAACUUCUUGCUGAGUAUUUAGAAAGGGUCCCUGAACUGUUUAGUUAUAUUGCCAAAAAUAGUCAAGAAGAUAUAUUCUAUGAAGAUGAUAUAUGGCCUGGGGAGGACGAGAAUGGUGCUGAGAGAGUUCAAGAAAUUGUUGCCUGGCUAAAGGCGCAUCCUGUCAGCGCUUUAUCUCGUUCAUCUUGUGACUUACAAAUUCUGGAUGCAGCUAUUGUAGAGAAAAUUGAAGAAGAAUUAGAGAAGUGCAAGCAAAGAAAGAGUAACAAGAAGGUGCGAGUGACGGUGAAACCCCAUUUGCUGUAUAGACCUUUAGAACAACAGAAUGGGGUUGUUCCAGACAGAGAUGCAGAGUAUCGACUGUUUGACCGUGUUGUCAAUGUGAGGGAGAACUUUUCUGUUCCAGUUGGUCUUCGGGGUACCAUUAUAGGACUUAAAGGAGCAAGCAGAGAAAUGGAUGUACUCUUUGAAGUGUUGUUCGAUGAAGAAUUCUCUGGAGGCCUAACAAUAAGGUGCUCACCUGCUAGAGGUUAUCGUCUGCCAACAAGUGCCUUAAUUAACCUAUCUCAUGGUAGUCGAUCCGAAACAGGAAAUCAGAAACUGACAGCCAUAGUGAAACCACAACCAGCUGUGAAUCAUUACAACUCAUGCUCAUCUGAUUCAUCAUCUGUAUGCUCACAAAAAGUGCAUCUAGGAGGUCUCAACCAUUCUCCUCGUUCCCUUUUUGUUCCUACUCGACAACUGAAUGGAAGACAGCAUUACAAUCUCAGGGCUGAAAAUCAGGGCAAUUCCAUUUCACUACAGAAAGGAUCAUUUUUGGGCAGCAAUCAGAAACAAAAAGCUCAGAGUAAACAGGAUGAUGAAUUUUGCAGCAUUUGGCAAUCACUGCAAGGGUCUGGAAAAUCUCAACACGUUCAACAAAAUAUGAAUGAAAAGGGUGCAAUCCUACCUCAAGAAACAAAGCCAGGAACUGACAACCAGUUGUACAAACCAGGCUUCAAUGAGAGUAUCCUUAAAGGCCAGCAAAGAAAACAGGAGCCAUUUAAAAAGUUUAAAGAAGAUUCUAAAGUUCCAAGAAAUGAAGGUCAAACACACAAAAUAUCAAAUAAACAGAAUUUUGCAGGAGCAAAUAAAUAUAAUGUUAAGCUUUUGAAGAGGAAUGAAAGUCCAAGUGUGCCUGUAAUUCAGAAGGCUUCAGUUGAUGAGUCCUGUAUAGCUGGGAAGAAGGACUCUGAACUUGAAAACCUUCUAGCAUCUUUGAAAAUUUCCAAAGAAAAUGAAGUGCAAUCAUCUUAUCCAAAGGAAGAAAGAAUCACCAAUGAAGAACAUCUGUCUCCACAGUCUUUUGCUAUGAAAGGAACACAGAUGCUCAAAGAAAUUUUGAAGAUUGAUGGCUCUGACAUAGAAACCAAGAAUGAAACGAAGCCACUGAUUAAUGAAGUUCCUGCUUCCUCUGCUAGGCAGGAUUCCCAUGGGGCUGCCAUGCAGCAUAGACAAACAAAAAAAAUGGCUGCUUACAUGAACAAGCCUCAUAGUGUAGGAGGCCCUCAUAAUGCUCAGGUUUUGGAAACUGGAGGUCACCCUCUCCUUGGCCCACAGUCUGCGUUGUCUACCCCAGUAUCUGAACUCUCUCGUAUUUGUUCCCUGGUUGGAAUGCCACAACCAGAUUUCUCCUUCCUCAGAACACCACAGACCAUGACAGUUUGUCAAGUAAAAUUAUCCAAUGGCUUAUUAGUACAUGGACCUCAGUGUCACUCUGAAAAUGAAGCCAAGGAGAGAGCUGCAUUUUUUGCAUUACAACGAUUGAGCUCUUUAGGAGUGAACUUUUCUUUGCCGCCACCUCCACCGGUGUUUCCAAAUUAUCAGUCCAUGGGACCUCCUGUACCACCUGGAUCCAUUCCUCCAGUCUUCACCCAACCCACUGCUAAUAUGAUGCCUCCAUCAUCUCACAUGUUUGGUCCAAUGCCAUGGAGAGCUCCAGUGCCUAUUCAUGGCAAAUCUUAUUAUCCCGGUUCAUAUCCUGGGAAUAUGCCACUUGCAGGAACUGUACCAGUUGGUACUCACAACCAGUUUAUUCCUCUACAGGUAACUAAAAAAAGGGCUGCUAGCAAGAAAAAUUUCGAGUUCAAAGAAUUCCAGAGCUCCCUUCAAGCUGUACCACUAAAGAAUGAACAGCUAAUGUAUUCUGACACCGACAAGCUCAUUCAACAAGAUACUUCAACUCCUUUAAAAUCUCCUCAAGCUGUUCAGUCUGCUGUUUCUUUUCAAGACAACGUAGCUACUCCAGGCGUUCCUCAUAACAAAUCAACACCAAACAUUUCUAGCAAACGAAAGCCAAGAAAACUGGCUGUCAACUUUGGUGCACCAAAAUCUUCAGAAUAAAUACUGUAGCUAGAUUGAUUUUAUCUUUCCUCUUCCCCCAGUGUUUUUUGUAUAUAUAUAAAAUUUCAUACAUAUAAAAUUUAUGAUUUUUAAGGAUAUAUAUAUAUAUAUAUCCUUAAAAAAUCAUAGUGCUAUUUAGAAAAAUCAACCAUUUUAAGUAUGAUUUUAUUUUUCCUCUUAGUCCAGUGUUUAUAUCUCCUUUAAAAAAUCAUAAAGCAUUAUUUUAAAAAAAUAAGUAUAAUAAAGAGUGAGACAUUUCAGUUGCUAGGCUUUUCCAGGCUGUUGAUAAAUACAUAUAACAAUUAUGUUAAAUUGAUUAAAGAUCUUGACUUAAACUGAUAAAAGCCAGACAAUCCUGAAUUAAGGUCACCACACGAUCCAUUGGUGCCUAGGUCUCUGAACACUGGCUUACAUUCUAUAGCGGGUGAGCAGCAAUAAUAUUAGAGUGGGAAUCCUAAUUCAGAAUUGCCUUGCUUUUGUGGUGGGGUAUGGGGCAUUGCCUAACAUGAGCUUUUGUAUUUUAACUCCUUUUCUAUAAAAUAGAGAGAGAAGGCUUUUAUUUACUUGUAAAUUUCGUAUUUAUUGGGUCUCUAGGUCCUUCUGAUCUGAAGGAGUGGAAUAGAACUUAAGUGUGGUGGCACUGCCAGAUUUGCUGUCACUACAUUCAUUUCUAGGUUUCAUACCAAAUGGUAGCAGUUCUAAAACUCUCAGAAGUUAGAAAUCAUUACAUAUCUAGAAUUAUUGUUACAGGAUGAAUUUUACAAAAUGGCAAAGUAGAUGGGUUGCUAACAGAGAAGGGGAAUAAAUUAAUGGGAGACAACUGGCUUAUAGAAUACAGGAAAUGCAAAUUGACUUGCAAACAGAAGUUCUCACUUCAAAUUAUAUUAAUAAAGUUGCUAGUUAUGAUUCAUUUUAAUAUCUGACUCCACUUUACUAGUUAACCAACAUACAUCUCCACUACACAUCCACAUGCACUUCUUCAUGGACUCCAAAAGCCACAAAAAUCCUGAAUUUUUCUAAAUUAUAAAAGGAGUAGAGUGCAAAGGUAUUUGUAUAUAGCACGUUAAUUAAACUCAUGUCAUCCUUUGAGCCAAUUUCUCCCAUCUACAAUUUUCACCAUAGAGUGAACUUUGUAAUCUGGCAGUUUCUCUUUUCUAAAUUACUAUUUUUUUGUUUGUUAGCUGACUUUUAAUAGAUAUUUUAAUUUCAUGAUAAUAUAUGGUGGCAGAGGACACACUAAAUUGUCAUCCCUGAGUUAGAGUUCUAAGCUUUUUCUCUAAUAACAUCCAGACAAAAAAAUUUUGAUUUACCUUUUUGGAGGGAAUUAUCACUCUAACUAGUAAUAUCUUCAUUCUUUAUGUAUCUACUCUAUCUAAAAGAAAGAAAAAACUGAAAGGGCCCUGUACUACCUUAUGAUCCACGCAUCCAUAUCUGAAAAUUGUAUGGAUCCAAAGCAAAACUUGGUCUGAUGUCUCUUCUCAUUUGGCGCACUCUGCAGAUGUUGGCUGGGUCUACACCACCAUUUUUACCUUAUUCUUGUCUGUCCUGGUGAAAAUACUUUUCCUCCAAACCCUAAAAGCAUUAGUGAUGUGUCAGACUUUAAUCAGUGAUUCAAUACAUUGUCUCUAAGCAGACUUCAUGCAGCGCAUGCAAGUUUGCAGAAUUUUCCUCCAUUUGUCUUGCUAUUUUGCCAAGGUAACAUAGCUUCACUUUCCUAUAGUAGUGUCCAAUUUCAUCUCACAGAUGUUUCUCUUGCUAAGGUUUUUGAUUCAUUUGCCCAAAACUGUUUGUCUCUUCUCUGCUGUCCUUCCUUUCAGGGGACUUUGAUAGCUAUUGCUAUUUCUAUCCUUCCCGUAGACAGUGUGUUCUCUCAGAAAUUUUAUUCUGUCUUUUUUGGCCAGAUACUUGUCUUCUGGGCCUCUGAUACUCCAAUCCUUUUAUAGUAGUCUGUACAUAAUCAUAAAACUCUUCUGGUUAAUCUGGAUUGACUGUAGAGAUGACAGAUUCUGUAUGUGGAUCCAGUAUAUUUAAACCCUGAUUCCAGAAAUCAUGUCGUUUCAGGAUUAUUUUUAUGUCGUGCCUUGUUAGUCAUUCAAAAUCCCUGCACAUCUCCAGGCUAGAAAAGCAAACUGCAGGUCUUUACACUGAUUAACUUUUGUACAACUUUUUUUAAGGAGAUAGUGAGUCUCUCAAUAGCAGCUAGCUCCUAUUUUGUCUCAAAGGUUCAUCUGUAUUCUGCUGUGUUGUGUGCUUUUCCUUAAAUCUAAUGCUUUCCAAUGUGAGUUCAUUCUUCACAAUGUGAAUUUUAAGAUCUUUAAUUAUUAAAUUGAUUGAAACAAUUUCUUGUUUAAAUUAACUUAGAUUUAUAGGGUUCAAAAUCCUGUUUCUCAGCGGCAACAUCUAUCAAAAUAUAUUAACUCUGUCGUAUUUUUUGAGAUUUGCCUUUUAGAGGAUCUUAAGGUACAUUCCACUAAGUUGACCUUCACAAUGUAUCGCAUCAACAACAUUAGGGAUGAUGUUGGCAUGAUACUGAUGCUGGCAUAAAUAUUUUUAAAAUGUUGCUUCUCCUAACUAGAUUUCCAGACCCUGAGUUCCCAGUCUCUUGUACUAUUAUUUGAUCUCCAAGGCGCGAUCUUUUGAAAAGCUCCCAUUAUGGAGAAAACUGCAUUAUGUUCUGCUAGCACACCUACAAACCUUCCUAAGAGAUUCUAAUCUCCAUAAAACCUUGUUUUUCAGUGUUAUCCCCAAGAUUACGUGGCUAGUAGAUGCUGAGUGUGGAUACUAGAGUCUCUGCUGAAAUACUGAAUUACAUAGUUUAUAAUGUCCUCUUGUAUCUAGAUAGCCAGAUAUGCAGAUAUGUAAAGAAUGAUUUGUGAAGGAGACUAUGUCAAUGCCAGUAUAAAUAAACCAUUUUUUUAAUGAAAUGGUUACUUCUUUCAAACCAGGAGCUGAAUUUUUUUCCCAGUGCCACUGAAACUGCCAUAUUAAAUUUCUAUACAUAAGUUAAAUAUUUGAUUCUGUAUCUGCUGUGUAUUGUAUUAGUUCCUAGUUACCCUUACUGACCAUUUUAUCUGUAUUUAUGGGUUCUGUAAUGUCCACUACCUGGUGCCCAAUCAACUUACUUUAGCUUUCACAUGUUCUGUUACAUGUGAUACGUACAUUGACCUAUGCCAUAUCAUCUAUUAUUUCAGCUCUUUUGUUUUAUAUUCUAUGUCAACUCUGUAAUUAUGUUUAAUUCAUACAGGUAUAACUUUAAACAUUCAUUUUUCUCAUAGAUAUAAAGUAUUUUGUAAGUACUGGAAUUUUUCAUUAGAUCUUAUACAGAGCAGUAUUUUAUUAAAAAUCCAGAAGGGAAGACUUUUAUGUGUGCAUUUUUGUAGUUUGAUUUUUUUAAAAUAACUUUUCAUUGUUUAUCUGCCAAGUGAAAUGUUUUCAAUUUGCAUAUGAAUGGAUAUGGAAUGUAUUUUUUUGUCCUGUUUAGUGUUAAGUUGUGCAUCUGCAGAUUUCUAGCAUGUAGUUGCAUAAAGGACUGUGCAAACAUAUUUUAAAAUAUGAACUUAAGAUACACUGAAGGAUAAAAAUUAUUCGUAAGAGUUAAAUGCUAUACAGAAUUUUAAUUCAACAGAAUAAUUUUAUAAACCUGUUCGUUGUCUGCUUGGAUUAAAUAUUGAAACUAGAAACAU